GCACUUUCUUUUAGGUGUUUGUGAGUGCCACAUCUCCGGAUCUCAACGUGACACUUUAUUCAUCUAUUGAGAGUGACUUUAUCGUUCUUCAAAAAUUAAACCGUGAAUUGGAGUAUACUUUGAGUAAUAAGUUUUACAUUUUAAAUUUCUUGGUAAUACUUGUCAGACAUAUUUGCGUAAAAGCUGCACUGAAAUGUCUCGUUAAAAACCAUGGUCGUGAAUUCCCAGCGAGAUGCUUUGGCUCAUACUUUGCGUCGUGGAUGCUUUUGUGGCCUCUUUUGAGGUGAGUGUCCCUCAUAAGCAUUUGGUGGCAAUACGGGGUCAUCCAGCUGUACUGGGCUGUAAGUUCACUCCUGAUUCCGACCUCUCUGACUUGGUUGUUACCUGGCAGCGGCACGAGGAUUCACGGGUCAUCCACAGUUUCUAUUAUCAACAGGAUCAAUUGGACAGGCAGAGUCCAGAAUACCACAAUCGAACCUCACUGUAUAUUUCAGAGCUUGGAAAAGGAAACGCCUCUCUAAAAAUAGCAGCAGUAAAGCCGAAAGAUACAGGCUGUUACAUGUGCAUAGUGAGCAACGCCAAGGGAUCGGACAAAGCAAUAUUAGAUGUGACCUAUGGAGCUCUUUACUCGGAACCCAGGUUGAGCAUUCAUGUGAACCCCACUACAGUGACAGUUCAGUUUGAGACGGAGGGAUUCCCUAAACCUGAGGUGAGCUGGCUGGGGGAACAGGGUCAAAACCUUAGUCAUCACCUGGAGCUCUAUGACCAGACAGAAGAUGGACUUUAUUCCAUGAAGAGCAGCUAUGAUGUCCAGAAACCAGUGAUUAAUGUUACAUUUACACUAAAGAACCACCUCCUCAACCAGAACCUUCAGAGGCAUGUGAUCAUCAGUUAUGAUGAGGACAAGGCCACAAGUCAAGUGAUCAUUGCAGUUAUUAUCCUCUCCAUGGUUUGCUUUCUCCUAAUUAUUGGCAUUUUGUUAACAGUGUGGAGGCGAAACAAGCAGGGAUAUUCCUUGUGAUGAAUCAGUACAGUUAGUAAUUGUUGUUGGAGCUGUGGCCUAGCGGUUUGGGUACAUGCUUUGCCGUGUUGCUAGUUGUCAUUUAUCUGAUCAUUUCCAGAUCCUGUCCACCCCUCUACACUCAUCAUUUCCUAUCCUUUCUAUGCUGUUCCUAUAAGUAACAAAAAAAGUUGUAAAAAAAAAAAAGAUUGUUAAUCAUUGGCAGGUCUCAUUGUGUUAUAACUGAAUAGUACACACCAGCAAAGUUAAUAAAUGGUCAAAUACAUUUACGUAUGGGUGUGUGCCGAAAUACAUUUAAGAUAUUUAAAUCAUUAUGUAAUGCUGUACCUUUUUGAACACAUUUUCAGGGUGAAGUUUAAGCACAAGUUCAGGUCACAGACAGGUACCAUUGUUAUAAUCUGUGUUGAGUUUACUGUCUCGCAGCUGCCGGAUCUCUUGGACUAUGAUCUGUCCUGUUACAUAUGUUGUGGCUUAACCAUGCUCAGAUUCAGAGAAAAUGGAAUGAGACCAAUUUAUAAUGUAAAUGUGACUUGACAAUGAAAAAACUUUGAAGCCCUUUUGUUUUGUUUUUUAGUUGCAGUGUUGAGUUUUGGCUUUGUAGGGCAUUUUAUAUUUCACAGUUGUUGUUGUUUUUUUUAUAAUUAUGAAUGCCAUCAUAUAAAAUAAUUUAUUUAAAACAGAAUCAACUACCCUUCAACCACAAGGAAUACAGUCCGAACAUUUAGAUUUUUUUAAUUAAAUCUAAUAUUUGUAUCUAUUACAAUAAACAUGAUUCCAUACUAUGGGGAACCAUUUUUUUUAUUAUUAUUAAAAAAUAUAUAUAUAUAUAUAUAUUACCUACAAUAACAUUGGUAAUGCACUGAAACAAAUUUUUUUUUAGAGAAAAAAAAUAUAUUUGUGUACAAUGUUUAGAAACUAUGUACAUUUAUUCUGACCUCUGCACUUCAGUGUUGUCCUGUUAGAAUAGUAUUUGCAGUAUUACCUGUUGUCAGUGUUGACACAGUGUACAAGUUAACAAAAUUCUGUAUUCUAAAGGCUUGUGCUUGGCUUUUACCAGUGUCUUGUAUCCUAGCAAUAAAUUCUAUGGGAGACA